CUAGCGAGCGGUGUAAUUGACGGAGACGAUGGUCGCAACAUCAAUGACAAUAGCAAAGAGUGGCUAGAAAUAGUGUUUUGGGUGAAGGAAAAAAUGAUAGCCGCCCUUAGAGAGAAAAGAAUUGUGGCUCUUAUAAGUGGGCUACGGCUCGAUGUUUUCCAAUAUCAUUAUGAAAUCACAGUAAAGGAUACAUCAAGUGGAGUAGCUAGCUAUCAUCAUUGUUGUAAAGACAUAAUAAGAUUUCAAAGAUCCUAG